AUGUCGAAUAGGAAUUUGAUGAAUCUUGCCCAGGUGUUGGGAAUGUUGGCGAAUAGGGAUCGUGAUGAUGAUGUAAUUAUGGGAAAUUCAUUAUCCUCUUCAUCUUCAGCCUCUGUUGAUUCUACUUUGGAAUCUUUCCUCUCCAAUAAUAACAAUAACAAUGAAAGUAAAUAUUUCGUUAUGGAUAGAGGAGGCUCCUCCAAUUUAUUUGAUCAAACUCCUUCACUCUUUUCUACAAUGGGAAGUGGUGGAUUUCGUGCCAUGGCAAAGCCUUUCGAUGAAGAUCUUCGUCAAUAUAUUCAAGAUCCCUAUAUUCGUGAUCGUGAAGUGGAAAUGCGAUUGAAAGCAAUGAAGGACGAUUUCAAGAUUCCAAAGAAUUAA